CAGUAGCAGAUCACAUCAUCAUCCAGUGUAGUGACUAAGAAAAUACAUCGAAUUUUCAAAAAUGUUCAAAUCUCUGAUUGUUAUUGCUUGCGCCUUUGCGGUUGCUUCUUCCGGUAACGUAAAGAGGCGAGUAGUCGUCGAAGAUAGCAAACCAGCCGCCGGUGGACAUUACCAGUCAAUUUCUCUUGAUGAUGGAGGACAUGGUGGUUACGGAGGUGGUGGUGGUGGAAAAGGAUUUUCCGCUGGAAGUGGAUUAAAAACCAUUGCCCAAGGAGCUUCUGAACAAGCCAACAAUGCCGUUAUCAACCAACACGCCGCCGCUAAACAAGCCGCUUUUGCAGCUAAGAGUACUUUGGCACAAGCUGCCGCUGGAGCUGCAGCUACUGCCCAAGCAGCUUUGAUUGGCAAACACAUUUUGGUCCAAAAACUCGAAGCUGAUGUAGCUGAAGCUCACCAACAACUCCAAGCUGAAAUCGAACAAUUAAAACAAGCCCAAAGAGCCGCAGCUGCCGCCCAAGAAGCCGCCAGACAAGCCCAACAACAAGUCAACGCCAUCAAUGCCGCCCUUAACGCAGUUCAAGGAGCUUCGUCUCACGCCCAACAAGCCGCCGAAGAGUCCGCUGCCGAAUUAGGGUCCCAACAAGCUAUGGUUGGCGCUGCCAAACAACGAUUGUCUUCUUUAGGACAACAGCUCCAAGCUGCUCAAUCAGAUCUCCAAGCAACCGAAGCCGCCGCUCAACAAGCCCAAUCCGCUGCUCAAAUUGCCCAAUCUAACGCCGCCCAAGCCGCUGAAAAAGCUACCGCUGCCAGUCAAUCGCAAGGACACGGUGGAGACUACGGAGGAAUUUCCGAUGGAGGAUUCUCAUCGUCUGGAGCUGACCUCGGCGGUUACCACCACUAAACUGAUUGAUCACUUUAUAGUGAAUUGAUACGUCGUUAGAUAUGUUGUAAAUGAAUUUUUUUCUAUUUUUAUAGCAAAUAUACCUUAUUAUAAUUGUGAUAACAA